CCAAGAGGGAGGGCCAGAGAAGCGGCAGAGGGAAGAGGAGAGAGGGAAGAGAUCCCGGCAGGCCCCGGAGCGCUCCUUCCUUCCUUCCUUCCUCGAGGCCCGGCUGCAGCGCUCUCCCCCUCGCUGGCUCCUCAGGAGAGGCCCAGGCAGGCCUGGCGGGUAACUUGGGAAAAACAAAUAACCGCUGAAGUUACAUGUGAAAUAUCUGAAGAGCAAGGAAGACGACUCUCUUAAGUGGACAUUUCAUAUCCAGCUUCCAAACUGGAAGAACUUUAUUUAUAUUUUUAUUUUGGUGAAUAUUUACAAUGAAUGGGCACAGUGAUGAAGAAAGUGCAAGGAACAGUAGUGGAGAAUCAAGCCAGUCAGAUGAUGAUUCUGGUUCAGCAUCAGGUUCUGGAUCUGGUUCCAGUUCUGGAAGCAGUAGCAAUGGAAGUAGCAGCCAGUCGGGAAGCAGCGAUUCAGACUCUGGUUCAGAGUCUGGCAGUCAAUCAGAAUCGGAGUCUGAUACAUCUAAGGAAAAGAAAGUCCAAGCUAAACCUCCAAAGGUUGAUGGAGCUGAGUUUUGGAAAUCAAACCCAAGUAUUCUGGCUGUACAGAGAUCAGCAAUGCUCAGGAAACAGCAGCAGCAGUCAAAAGCAGCAUCCUCAAACAGUGGCUCAGAAGAGGACUCAUCAAGUAGUGAAGAUUCUGCCGAUGACUCAUCCAGUGAAAUCAAGAGGAAGAAACAUAAAGAUGAAGACUGGCAAAUGUCUGGGUCAGGAUCUGUCUCUGGAACUGCUUCAGAUUCUGAUUUGGAAGAAAGCAGAGAUAAAAGUAGUUGUGAAGAGAGCGAAUCUGACUAUGAGCCAAAAAACAAGGUCAAGAGCAGGAAGCCUCCGAGCAGAAUAAAGCAAAAAAGUGGAAAGAAAAGUGGGGGGCAGAAGAAAAGGCAGCUUGACUCAUCAGAUGAUGAUGACGACGAUGACGAUUAUGAUAAAAGAGGAUCUCGCCGCCAGGCAACAGUAAAUGUUAGUUACAAAGAAGCUGAAGAAGCAAAGACAGAUUCAGAUGAUCUGCUGGAAGUCUGUGGAGAGGAUGUCCCACAGCCUGAAGAAGAUGAAUUCGAGACAAUUGAAAAAUUCAUGGAUAGCCGCAUUGGAAGAAAAGGAGCAACUGGUGCUACAACCACUAUCUAUGCAGUUGAAGCUGAUGGAGAUCCAAAUGCAGGAUUUGAUAAAGCAACAGAACCUGGUGACGUGCAGUACUUGAUUAAAUGGAAAGGCUGGUCUCACAUCCAUAACACUUGGGAAACGGAAGAAACCCUGAAACAGCAGAAUGUUAGAGGAAUGAAGAAACUGGACAACUAUAAGAAAAAGGAUCAAGAAACAAAACGGUGGUUAAAAAAUGCUUCUCCAGAGGAUGUGGAAUAUUAUAACUGCCAGCAAGAACUCACAGAUGAUUUGCACAAACAGUAUCAAAUAGUAGAAAGAAUAAUUGCUCAUUCAAAUCAGAAGUCAGCAGCAGGUUAUCCAGACUAUUAUUGUAAAUGGCAGGGUCUCCCUUACUCAGAAUGCAGCUGGGAAGAUGGUGCUCUCAUUGCAAAAAAAUUCCAGUCACGCAUUGACGAGUAUUUUAGCAGAAAUCAAUCCAAGACAACUCCUUUUAAGGACUGUAAGGUUUUAAAGCAGAGGCCAAGGUUUGUGGCCCUAAAGAAACAACCAUCUUACAUUGGAGGGCAUGAAGGUUUAGAGCUAAGAGAUUAUCAGUUAAAUGGACUGAACUGGUUAGCUCACUCUUGGUGCAAGAGCAACAGUUGCAUUCUUGCAGAUGAAAUGGGCUUGGGCAAAACAAUACAAACUAUCUCCUUUCUGAAUUAUUUGUUUCAUGAACACCAGUUAUAUGGACCUUUCUUGCUGGUAGUACCACUUUCCACUUUGACAUCUUGGCAAAGAGAAAUCCAGAUAUGGGCUCCCCAGAUGAAUGCUGUAGUUUAUCUGGGGGAUAUUACUAGCAGAAAUGUGAUAAGAACACAUGAAUGGAUGCAUCUACAGACCAAAAGAUUGAAAUUUAACAUCCUUCUGACAACUUACGAAAUUUUACUGAAGGAUAAGUCAUUCCUUGGUGGUCUGAACUGGGCAUUUAUAGGAGUAGAUGAAGCCCAUCGAUUAAAAAAUGAUGAUUCCCUCUUGUACAAGACGUUAAUAGACUUCAAGUCCAAUCAUCGCCUCCUUAUCACUGGAACACCUCUGCAAAAUUCCCUGAAAGAGCUCUGGUCCUUGCUGCACUUCAUCAUGCCAGAUAAGUUUUCUUCUUGGGAAGAUUUUGAAGAGGAACAUGGGAAAGGAAGGGAAUUUGGCUACGCAAGUCUUCACAAAGAACUCGAACCAUUUCUAUUAAGGAGAGUUAAGAAGGACGUAGAAAAAUCUCUUCCUGCCAAGGUUGAACAAAUUUUAAGAAUGGAGAUGAGUGCAUUGCAAAAGCAAUAUUAUAAGUGGAUUUUAACUAGGAAUUACAAAGCCUUAAGUAAAGGUUCAAAGGGCAGUACCUCAGGCUUUCUGAAUGUCAUGAUGGAGCUCAAAAAGUGUUGCAAUCAUUGCUACCUCAUUAAACCACCAGAUGAUAAUGAAUUCUAUAUUAAACAGGAGGCCUUACAGAAUUUAAUCCGGAGUAGUGGGAAGCUCAUUCUUUUAGACAAGCUGCUGAUUCGCUUACGAGAACGUGGCAGCAGAGUGCUUAUAUUUUCUCAAAUGGUGCGGAUGCUGGACAUCCUUGCUGAAUAUUUGAAAUAUCGUCAGUUUCCCUUUCAGAGGCUAGAUGGGUCAAUAAAAGGAGAACUGAGGAAACAAGCACUGGACCAUUUUAAUGCAGAAGGUUCUGAGGACUUCUGCUUUUUACUGUCUACCAGAGCUGGAGGUCUAGGCAUAAACUUGGCAUCUGCAGAUACUGUUGUUAUAUUUGAUUCUGACUGGAACCCUCAGAAUGAUCUGCAAGCACAGGCUAGAGCUCAUAGGAUUGGGCAGAAGAAACAGGUAAACAUUUAUCGGCUAGUCACUAAAGGAUCUGUAGAGGAAGAUAUCCUGGAAAGAGCCAAGAAGAAAAUGGUUUUAGAUCACCUUGUCAUUCAGAGAAUGGACACUACAGGAAAGACUGUGCUGCACACAGGUUCUGCACCUUCUAGCUCUACUCCUUUUAACAAAGAGGAGCUGUCAGCUAUUUUAAAGUUUGGUGCUGAGGAACUUUUUAAGGAACUGGAAGGUGAAGAACAAGAGCCACAAGAAAUGGACAUAGAUGAAAUCUUGAAGAGGGCUGAAACACGGGAAAAUGAAACUGGCCCAUUAAGUGUCGGAGAUGAAUUGCUUUCCCAGUUUAAGGUGGCAAAUUUCUCCAAUAUGGAUGAAGAUGACAUUGAACUGGAGCCUGAACAAAAUUCAAGGAACUGGGAAGAAAUCAUUCCAGAGGUCCAUAGGAGAAGAUUAGAAGAAGAGGAAAGGCAAAAGGAACUGGAAGAAAUUUAUAUGUUACCCAGAAUGAGAAACUGUGCAAAACAGAUCAGCUUCAAUGGAAGCGAAGGCAGACGUUGUAGAAACAGAAGGUAUUCUGGAUCAGAUAGUGACUCCAUCUCGGAAAGAAAACGACCCAAAAAACGUGGAAGACCACGGACUAUUCCACGGGAAAACAUUAAAGGAUUUAGUGAUGCAGAGAUUCGGCGGUUUAUCAAGAGUUACAAGAAAUUUGGGGGACCUCUUGAAAGGUUAGAUGCCAUAGCAAGAGAUGCUGAAUUAGUCGAUAAAUCUGAGACAGACCUCCGACGGCUUGGAGAGCUGGUACAUAAUGGAUGUAUCAAGGCUUUAAAGGACAUCUCAUCUGGACAAGAAAGAGCAGGGGGCAGACUUGGAAAAGUUAAAGGCCCAACGUUCCGAAUAUCGGGAGUGCAGGUAAAUGCAAAACUAGUCAUCUCUCAUGAAGAAGAGCUGGAACCAUUACACAAAUCCAUUCCUUCCGAUCCAGAGGAAAGGAAGAGAUACACCGUUCCUUGUCACACUAAGGCUGCUCAUUUUGAUAUAGACUGGGGCAGGGAAGAUGACUCUAAUCUUCUAAUAGGCAUCUAUGAAUAUGGAUAUGGUAGCUGGGAAAUGAUCAAAAUGGACCCAGAUCUCAACUUGACACAAAAGAUUCUUCCAGAUGAUCCAGAUAAGAAACCCCAAGCCAAACAGUUGCAGACCCGUGCAGACUACCUCAUAAAAUUACUCAGUAAGGAUCUUGCAAGGAAGGAAGCACAAAGACUAUCUGGGGCAGGAGGCUCAAAAAGAAGGAAAAUGAGAACAAAGAAGAGUAAGACCAUAAAAGCAGCAAAAAUUAAGGAGGAGACAAAAAGUGAUACAUCACCACCACCUUCAGAUAAGUCUGAGGAAGAAGAAGAGGAAGAUAGUAAGGAUGAAAUGGCUGCAGUAAAACAUCCAAGCAAAAAGAUAAAAGCAGAAAAAGAAAAUGAAGAAAAAUCUGAUGCAGAUAUUGUUCUGAAGAAGGAGGCUGAUGACAAAAGAGAGGCCAAGGAAAACAAGAGGGAGCUGAAAAGGGAGAGAAAAGAAAAAGAGGACAAAAAAGAAUUAAGGGAAAAAGAUGCAAAAGAGAAGAAGGAAAGUAAAGCAAAAGAGUACAUGCAGAGAGAGAAAGAAGUAAAAGAAGAGAAGAUGAAUGAGUCCAAAUCUGAAAGCAAAGACAAAAGCAAGAAAUCUCCUUCGGCAGACACUCCUGUUCAUAUAACAGCAAGUAGUGAGCCAGUUCCUAUAUCUGAAGAAUCUGAAGAACUGGAUCAGAAGACAUUCAGUAUUUGUAAAGAAAGAAUGAGGCCUGUCAAAGCAGCACUGAAACAGCUGGAUAGACCAGAGAAAGGUCUUUCAGAAAGGGAACAACUAGAACAUACUAGACAGUGUCUUAUCAAAAUUGGAGAUCACAUUACGGAGUGUCUAAAAGAAUACACAAAUCCUGAACAAAUAAAGCAGUGGCGAAAAAACCUGUGGAUUUUUGUUUCCAAGUUUACAGAAUUUGAUGCCAGAAAGCUACACAAAUUGUACAAACAUGCAAUUAAAAAACGCCAAGAAACACAGCAGCACAAUGACCAGAAUAUCAGCAGCAGUGUGAAUACACAUUUGAUUAGAAAUCCAGCAGAUGUGGAACGCCUAAAAGAGAAUACGAAUCAUGACGAUAGUAGCAGAGACAGUUAUUCCUCUGACAGACACUUAUCACAGUAUCACGAUCAUCACAAAGAUAGACUUCAUGGAGAUACCUACAAGAAAAGUGACUCUAGGAAAAGGCCUUAUUCCAGCUUCAGCAAUGGAAAAGAUCAUAGAGAUUGGGAUCACUAUAAACAGGAUAGCAGAUACUACAGUGAUGGAAAGCACAGAAAGCUAGAUGACCAUAGGAACAGAGAUCACAGGUCCAGUCUGGAAGGAAGCUUAAAAGACAGUCGGUCACACUCCGAUCAUCGGAUACACUUAGACCAUCGAUCCAGUUCAGACUACAGCCAUCAUAAAUCUUCGAGGGACUAUAGGUAUCACUCGGACUGGCAAAUGGACCACAGAGCUUCCAGCAGCGGUCCUAGGUCACCAUUAGAUCAGAGAGCUUAUGACUCCAGAUCUCCCUUAGGACACAGAUCUCCUUUUGAACAUUCAUCAGAUCACAAAAGUACACCGGAACAUAUGUGGAGUAGCCGGAAGACAUAGCAAAGACUAACAUUUCCUGGACUUUUUUUUUUUUUGCCAUACACAAUAAACUAACACAGCAAUUGCCUUACAUGACUUGAAAGACAUGGACCGUAUGUGCUAUGAGUAGCAGUAUUGUUACUACUUUCCAGUAUGCUAGGUCUAUUACCCCAACAGAAGAGAAAAUAUUUUUGUAUUUAAAGUUUUAAUGCUGCACUGUGCUACAAAUGUUGUAGCGCAUUUUUUUAAAGAAAAUAUGUUUACUUUUUACAGGGACCUCAACACUGCCCCACUCAGACUGGAUCUUAAUCUGAACUCCUCCUCAUCGAAGUGGUUUUAUUCUGAACACAAUUUAAAUUAUGUUUUUAGAUGAGCAUUUACAUGUUGACCUGUGAUCAUAUUUCAGGAAAGAAUCAAGAGGUUGUUGUUUUUUUUAAAAAAAUAAAGAUUCAAGGACUCUGUUCACUUUCCAAAGCUACUUGUUUACAUUGUACACUGCGACCACCUUGCCGCUUUUUCAUCACAAGCUUGAAUAUUUAAAUUCUGUACCUAGAAUUGUAAAAUAGCCACAUGUUCCCCAGUUUGAUCAGUUGUAAUGCCCUUUUACAAAAUGGCUGUAAAUUAUUGUAAAUUAAUUAAAUGAGCUUCUCCUCCCCCCUCCCCCAGACAUUUCCGUUCAGACUUGGCCUACCUUCCUCAAAUGUGAAAAAGUAUUAAUUUCUAAAAUAAAAUAUCUGAUGCGGA